UCCCGCCUGAGCUACAGCAGAGUCACCAUUGCGGCUCGCCGCCUGGUGCUGGCCCUGUGCAGGCCACUAUUGGCAGGACGGCUAGAUCGGUGUGGGUACAUCGCAGGAGAGGAGCUGCUGCACCGCUGGCCUGCCCCUUACGUCCAGCGCCGCAUUCCCUUCCUACUCCCCACCCCUUUCGACGAGGCUGUUGCGAAGGCCAUGGGCAAGCGCGACAAUGAGCCGAGUGCAGCCAACACCACGGCCUCAGUCCAGGUGCUGGGCGUGGGCAGUGACACCGGCUGCUCCGUGCCCUCGGUGCUGCUCUUCUUCGAUCGCCAGCGCUUCCUGUUCAAUGCGGGCGAGGGCUUCCAGCGCUUUUGCGUGGAGCACCGCAUCAAGCUGGCCAAGGUGUCAGGGGUGUUGGCCACGCGCACCACCACAGAGGCCACGGGUGGACUGCCAGGUAUGCUGCUGACGAUGGCCGACACAAGCUGCGGUGGGCUGCUGGCAGGGCACACAGGCAUGAGCCUGUACGGCCCGCCUGGCCUGAACACCCUGGUCAAUGCCUUCCGCACCUUCGUCAAUGUGCGGGACAUUGGGCUCAAGGUGAACGAGUUCUCCGACAAUGGCACGACGCAGCCUGUGGUCAAGACUGAGCUAGUCACCAUCACCCCGGUCACGCUCACGGCGGCGACCCCUGGACAGGCAUCAGCGCAUGCACAGGAGGAGCGCGCUUGUGCAGCAGAGCCGGAGGCGAAGCGGCAGCGGAUGGAGGCCACUAAUGGCGAUACCCAGCAGGGCGGAGGCAGCGUCGGCAUGGAGAUCGCAUCAGUGGUGGUGGAGAGCCCUGCUGCGUGCUACAUCUGCGAGCUGUCCGACGUGCCCGGCAAGUUCCUGCCGCAGAAGGCAGCCUCCCUGGGCGUGCCACGUGGCCCGCUGUACGGCAAGCUGGUGAAAGGCGAGGAGGUGACGGCAGCCAACGGGCAGACAGUACGGCCACAGGAUGUGAUGGAGCCCGCAACACCAGGCCCUGUGGUUCUGGUGGUGGACUGCCCCAGCCAGGUGUUCCUCGCAGGCCUCACCACGGCGCCACUGUUGCAGGCCUGUGCCACGGGCACGAAGCGUGGCAAAGUGGCAUGCGUGGUGCACCUAUCACCGCUUGAGGUGGUGCGCCUGCCUGCCUACCGGCAGUGGCUGGAGUCAUUUGGACCGGCUGCACAGCAUAUGGCCCUGUGCCGUCGCAGCCACUGUUGGCACGCUGCUCAGCAUCAUUGCACUGCGGCCCCUCGCUUUCCCCUGCAGGCCAAGCUCAACCUGAUUGACCCCACCCUGUUCCCUCUGCACGAUAUGGCACAGGACGUGGCGACUGCCAACCUGCCUGCCAAUGCUGUGGUGGGCAGCAACAUGCUGCGCUACCAUCUGCGACCACUGGCCAAGAAGGGCGUGGACACGGGUGUGUGCGGUUCAGAGUCCAGGUUGAUACCCUCUCUGUUGAAGCGUGAGCGGCCAGAAGUGCUGGAAGCGCUGGCAGUGGCAGCGCAGCAGGACUCAGCGGUGGCACAGGAGGCGGCGCCGGCCUGCGUCACCAGCGGGUCUCGGAGCGAGUUUGAGGUGACCUUUCUGGGAACCGGCGCUGCAGUGCCUUCCAAGUACCGCAACGUCACCGGCCUUCACCUCAACCUCUUUGACCGCGGCGGCCUGCUCAUGGACUGCGGUGAGGGCAGCUACGGCCAGCUUAAGCGGCGGUUUGGAUCGGCGGCAGCCGACGACCUCGUAUGCGCGCUGCAAUGCAUCUGGAUCUCUCACAUUCAUGCCGACCACCAUGUGGGCCUGCCCACCCUGCUGGCUGCCCGCACGCGCCUGCUGGGCCCCGAGUGCCCGCCGCUGCUGGUGCUAGGGCCACGCCCCCUGCGACGGGCACUACAAGGCUAUGCCCAGCUGGAGCCGAUGCGCUUCCGCUUUGUGGAGGCAUCAGCCACAGCAGGGCAGCCUCCAGGCGCGCAUACGCUGCCGCCUGUGGCUCCUGAGGCACGCGCCGCAGUGGAUGCAGUUGUGGCUGGGCUGGGUCUGUGUCGCUUUGAAAGCGUGCUGGUGGCACACUGCGCCCAUGCCUAUGGCCUGGUGCUGGAGCGUGACACCGGCAGCACCAGCGGUGAGGGCACCCGCUGGAAGUUGGUGUUCAGUGGCGACACACGGCCCUGCCCGCAGCUGGUAGAGGCGGCUAGGGGUGCCACACUGUUCAUUCACGAGGCCACGUUUGAGGACUCCCUGGCCGAGGAGGCGGAGGCCAAGCGGCACUGCACCACCAGCGAGGCGGUGCAGGCGGGGGCACAGGCCGGUGCGUACCGCACCCUGCUCACCCACUUCAGCCAGCGCUACCCCAAGAUCCCGGUUGUGGACCAGAACUUCCAGGGCACCGUGGGCAUCGCAUUUGAUCUCAUGUCAGUCAACCUGGCAGAUGUGACCCGUCUGCCUCACAUUGUGCCCGCCCUCAAGCUGCUCUUCAUCGAGCAUGAGCAGCAGGACGAGGAGGACGCGGAGCCUCUGCCACAGAUGCUAACAUGAAGCGGCGCCAGCUCCCUUGCCGCGGUUCAAGGCUGGUGUGGAGCAGAACAGUGUAUCAUGCAAAGCACAUUGGUGUUCAUUGAUGAUGAAGUUUCAGUUUGCUCUGCCCAAGACUGGCUUUGCAAACCCUGAAUUCUGUUCAUCCAGC